AUGAUAUAUAAUAUAAUGUGAUUACAUAAUGUGAUAUGAUACUUUUAUAGCCAAUAUAUACCAAUUUUUUAAAUAAAUUUAAAUAUGUUAAAAUUGAUAAAAAUUCACAUUUUUUUUAGAUGACUUUCUUCCAAUUACAUAUGAUUUAGUUCGGAUAUUUUCGACGUUUAUCGACAUAUUUCGUUAAAUAGAUUUAAAACAUGGGGCGUCGGCUGAUGAUUAUAAUAGAUGAUUAUUGUUAAAAAGUAUAAUACGGAAUAUUUUCAAAAUUUUCAAAAUUUUAUUCUGAAUAAAUAGAUCUCAAUAAAUGGAACAAAAUAUAUGAAAAAAAAUUAUAAAAAAAAUUAUAUAAAAUUAUAGAUAAAGAAAACAUAUUAAUUUUCAAAUGAAUUACGGAAAGAAAUCUCCUAGCAUGGGUACGCCAUCGUUAUAUUCCCACGUUACUACACGUAGCAGCGCAAAUUUAAAAUCUUCGCGAUCAAUGCGAAGUAUUAAAACAUGUUGGUAUCAAAAGCCAAUUUUAACAAAUGCUUAUUUACUAGAUAUUCAAAGAGGUGCUAUGUUUACAGCAUUAUUUUCAUUGUCAUUAGCUCUUUUUACUAUUUGUACAUCAAUAUUUGAUCUUUAUUGUCUCUCUCAAGCUACGCCAGGUUCAACACAUUAUGGUUAUUAUAUAAUAUCCUAUGAAUUUGUUUACGUGGGUAAUCGACAUGUACGUAAUACUCUAGUUGUGUUUGCUUUGUUCUCUACGCUUAGCGGAAUUGCAGUAUUUGCAACAUCCUUAAUGUUAAUAGCUGCUUUACGAAAAGAAUAUGAAAAGAAAAUGGUACCAUGGCUUUACAGUUUUGCAGCUUUCACUGUUUUCAGAUUGUUUGCUUUUAUAUUUUAUAGUGUAGUAAAUGAUAUGAUAUUUGCUUAUAAUGUUACAAUGUGUAUUUUAUGGAUAAUAUUCAUUUGUUUUUCUAUUUACGGAUGGUUAAUUGUUUAUUCUUUAUAUGUGGAAUUAUGUGACCUCACAAGACUAGAAGAUUUGGCUCAUUUGAGAAUCGGUACUAUGCAAUCAUUAAAUGCAUCUACUACACAUUCUAUCGCAGGUUCUCGUCCAACAACUCCACAUAGCGCAGUAUCGGUACUGCCUGCGAACUAACAAAAAUAAUUAAAUAAUUUUUAAGUUUUCAUCAAAUUUCAUUAUUAUUUUCACGUUUAUCGUUUUCACUCUCAUUCUUUUCAAAUUUAUCGUGUUGUUAAUAUAAAUACAAAAAAGUUAAGUGUAUAUGUGUGUGUGUGCGCGCACACACACACAUACACACACACACACAAAAUAUCACAAUGAGUCAUAAGAUAAGAAAAAUUGAUAUAUGUAUAAAGAUUAUAUAUUUUUGUAACAGUAUAUAUACAGUAUUAAUAUAUUCGUGAGACUUUUGAAAAAUCGAUUCUAGAAAUUGAAAAAAAUACAAAAGUUGCUAUAUAAAAAUGCCAAUCAAUAUUAAUUUAUUAACUUAUUAAUUUAUAAGCAAUUAAAAUAAAAAAAAUGUACAAAUAUAUGAAAUAAAAUAGAUAGUUUUGUUUUCUCCAUUAUCUCGUAAUAUUACAAUUUUGUUCUAAAUUAUUUAUAACUUAUUAAAUAAGUCUCAAUACACAUUUUUGUUUAUUUUUGUUUUAUUUACUUAAUUUAUUUGAUUAACUUCAUUUGAUUUCCAGAAAUAUUUCACGAAUAUAUUAAUAUUUUAAAUAAAUACAUUUUUCCGUCCAUUUAUUUUAAGAUUCUGUUUAAAAUUAUAAUGAAUAAUAAAUUUUUAAGUAUAGAAAUUCAUAAAAGUUUACAAUAUUUAUAUGAUGCGAAAUUUAUAUUAAUAAGACUAAUAAUAAGAAUCCGCAAUUUUGAGAUUUUUAUUAUUAAGACAUUUUUAUUAUAUUUAAUUCUUAUUAUUUCUUUUCAAUAAAAAAAAUGUAACGAAAAAUAUAAUAAAUGUUAAUUUUGAUUUUUAA